GGUUAUUCUGUUAUAUCCGCUAUUCUUUGCAUUGCUGCGCCACUGCGCUGCCUCACCAAGCGUCUGCGUUGUCAUUUUCCUUGAAACGUUGUGGCGCGGCAGACGGUCAUCAUUGACAAACGGCUGAUUGGCGUUGUUGCGAGCCCCAAAAGUUAAUUUUGCAAAAAAUAAUAAUAAAAAUAUUCAUUUCAUCCUAGCAAAGUGCAGCGUCAGUCAGUGGUUAUCAAUUCAACGACAAUUCGUACGGAAAAACGGGCGUAGUAAAGUUGAGCAAAAGUAAAAAAGCAAGUGUGCAGUCAAAUGCAAAACAAGAAUACACGCUUCGUAUUUGUUGUGACGAAAAUCAAGUGAAAUUAAUCAGAAAAAAUAUUCGGUGUUUAAUUGAGAAAUUGAGAGUGAAGUGUGUAGCAAAAUUUAGCACAAAAUUAUAUAAGUAUUGGUGUAUACAAAUUGUUUGGCUUUGGAAAUUUCACGAACGCUCGCUGUGUCAACAAAAUUGAAAGCCACACAGGGAGUACAUGGAAACUCAGCACUGAAUAUUUUCUAGACUCCGUAAUAGUUCUAUGAAAAUAAAUAAAUCCAGCAUAUGUGUUAACACACUUUAGUAAAGUAUAAUCGAUUAUCCAUUAAUGUGAAUAGAGUUUGAGAAAUUGUUUGCGAAAGUGUGCGUUUUCCCCCAUUGUAUACUAGCUGUAAUUGGAAGUGCAUGAGUAACCAAUUACUUGGGAAAAUCAUCAUAGUCAACUUACUACAUCAAUGCAUAUCAGUUUGCGCUUCAAACCCUCACAGCCACAUUCACAACAACUUACAUUUUGCCAAUAGGAUUCUUGUACAUAAUUACAAGUCCUUUUGAUUUGUUGCGUGAAUUAUACAUUCAAUUUAAAUAAUUAAAAGCUAACUAUCUGGAUAAAAUUGGCAUUGCAAGUGAUUGGCAGUUUAUCCAUUCAAAACAGAGAGUGAAAUUUGCAAAAAAAAAAAAAAUAAAUAAAAAUGGCUUCAGAGUGCAGCGAACUGGAUCCACGUAUUAAGAUCGAAUUGGAGAAUCUCAAUAGUGCAACAGAUGAGAUUAAUAAACUCGAAAUAGAAUUAGAGGAAGCAAAUUCCACCUUUCGCAUACUCUUAAAUGAAUCUACAAGGCGUCUAAAAUUGUCAUCCAAAAAAUUGGGCAGCUGCAUUGAGAAGGCACGUCCCUACUAUGAGUCAUUGGAAAAAGCGCGUGAGGCACAAAUUGAGUGUCAGAAGGCGGCAGUGAAAUUUCAGCGCGCUAAUGAAAUUCACGCUGCUGCUAAGGAAACCGUGGCUUUAGCCGAACAACGUUUCAUGUCCAACUCACAUGAGUGGCAAUUCGAUAAUGCCUGGCAGGAAAUGUUGAAUCAUGCCACACAAAAGGUAAUGGAUGCGGAAAAGCAAAAGGCCGAGUGUCAUGCGGAACAUCAACAGCGCACGAAGGUCUUCAACACAGCCGAACAAAAGGUACAACAACUGGAAGAACGUUUCCGGCGCAGCAUCACCAAGUCACGCCCGUACUUUGAAGAGAAGCAAAUCUGUCAAGAUCAGUUGCAGACACAAAAGAAUCGCAUACAGGAGCUACAACAGCAGGUGCAAACGGCGAAGAGCACCUACGCCACAGCGCUGCGCAACCUGGAACGCAUCAGCGACGACAUACAUCGUCAGCGUGGCGACUUUCCACAAAUGGGCGCUCCCCCGCCGGGUCCACGUGAACCGGGUGUCGGCGCUGAAUUGAAUUCGCCUACAACGACCACGCUGCCACCGCUGCCAGACUUCCAAUUCGAAUUGGAGAAGUGUGAUUAUCCCUCGAUUGCCGGCAGUCAAAUAUCGCUGAGUGGCAAUUCGCAACGUUCCAGCGAUUUGGCGAGUGUCAGUACACAGCCUGCCUCCAUGAGUCACAGUGCUGCUGGUGAUGAAUCCGAAACUGAGGAAUGCGAGGCGGACUACGCGGAUAGCGUCGAAUUGAAUGGCGUUGUGGAUGAACGUGAUCUCGAAGAACUGCGUCAGAAGGUGAAAAUACUCGCAGUACGUCCCAUUGAGGGUGGCGAUGGUGAGCAACAGCGCAAUGAUAUGUGGGAGCAUGAGCUAACCGCCACCGUCAACAAAUUGGAUCAAUUGAUGUUGAGGAAUGAGUGUGCGCUCAAACAACAGAAGCAGCUUAAAAUCAAACAACAACAGCACCAGCCACAACAGAAACAACCUGAACGUCAAGUGACCGGCGCUGGUGUGCGUCCUGAUUCCUUGGGCGCCGAGGCACCAGCACAAAUGUACGAUAUCGUACACGCCAAACCAGCCGCUGUGGUGGAGGAGCUCGACGAAGAUGACGUCGAUGUGGUUGUGGUAACGGGCAAGGCUGGACCGCUCGUGCAAAUCACACAUGUCAAGCCGACGCAACAGCAGCCAGUCGAUGCUGGUGUGGUCAGUUACCCAGCUACGCCCGAACACGCUGUACAACCGUUGAAGAAAUUGCAACAGAAAUUGGGUCCCUUGCCAACGGUGAAUGUUUCGAUGCGCGAAUUGCCACUGCUAGCGCGUCUCUCCAAUGAAAUACUCGACCGUACCGCUAGUAACAACAACAGAGGACGCCAGUUGCGACGACGUUCGCUAGACUAAAGGUCGUCUGUGGGCAGCCAGUUGCGCUGGACUUGGGGUAAUUUUAAGCGUGCAUUAAUGAUUAGUGAUAAGCGGGGAGCGUAACAUGUAUUACAUGAGUAUUGUUUAAAGUAAAUACAUACAUACAAAACUACUAUAAAUACCUAUGCAUACGAAUAAUUUUUUUAAGUUUACAUAUAAAUAUAUUUGUGAAAAGUAUUUAUUUUUGUGCAAAAGAGCAGCAGCAAAACAUACGCAGUUAAAAUUGUUUACCAUGUAGAAGUGCAAUUCAUUUGCAGAAGAAAUUAAAUGUAAUAUUUAUUUGAAAUAAUUGUAAAAGUAAAAAAAAUAAAUAAAUAUCGAUAUUAUUGUACAAUUAAUUAAUUGUUUAUGUAGGAUAAAACAUUGAGAAUAAAAAUGAAAGUGCAAAUCUCCAAUUAUCAAUACAUUAAAUAGUUGUAUCUUAGUAAACGCUAUAUCAUAGAAUACAAAAUAUGCAAUUUUAAAGAGAACAAAUUUUAAAUUAUUGUAUUAUGAAUAUUGCAAUUAGUCUGUGCAUAUGAAUACACACUUUGCCACAAAAAAAAUGCAAAACGAAAAUUAAUUAUGGAAACAACAACUUCAAAGACAGCUACUGUCUGCGAAAUCAGAAUUUAUGAAUAAAUACUAAAAAUUAUAAUAAGUUUAAAACUGCAGUAAAUAAAAUCACAAUUUAAGAAAAAUUUA